CUCGAAGCAAUGCUUCCGAUCUUCCUCUUCAUUUUCUUCCUUUUCCAAUCUUCCUUCGCCAACCUGGAGGAAUCCUACCACGAAACUCCGGACUCCUACAGCUACUACCCCGAUGAUAUGGACUCGGAUGACAACGAAAUCGAAAAACCUAACAACCACUUUCUGCGGUUAGCCAGAAGCGACGGAAACUUCGACGAGUAUGAUGACGAGGACGGUCCGAUAAUCGGGAAGAAGAACUUGAAGAACGACCACUUCAUAAGGUUCGGCAGGAGCAGCCACGACAGAUGUUUGAGGCUGGGGAGGGAUCUGGAGAAGAGGACUCAUGAUAAAGGGUUCCACUUGAGAUUUGGCCGAAGCAUCCAAGAAAAACCCCGUUCCAAGCGACAAGCAACCCCAGACAAGGUUCCCAAACGCACGGACGCCUACCUCAGAUUCGGCAAGAGCUCAAACUUCAUGCGCUUCGGCAGAAACCACCAAACCACCCCCCUCUCUCACAACAACGCUGACGAACGACUGGUUUUGGUCAACUCCGCAGCCAUCGAUCACCUUCCACCCAGAUCGUUCGAAGAAUUGAAAGUUCCCGCAAACUCACCCCUGGCACUUCUUCUCGCUCAGCUAAUGGCUCGUAGGCAAGAACAAGGUCAACGCUGGGAGACCUUUUUGUAAGGCUAUCGAGACGACUGGAGUUGCAACGCAAGGCCUAAGCAUUUCGAGCGUUAUGAACUGUUCUAUGGCGUUUCUUAACUAGUCUAAAUCUUUCUGUGGGCAAACGGCCACAGAACUGGCGAUUCUUUGACAGGUGACAAGCUACUGUUCCAUGUGUUACACACUAUCUUGCUGUCUCUGUUUCGUGAUCAUUCGUUUCCUACAUGGCCUGUUAUGUGUCUAUUAUUAACUUGGUAUGAUUAGUUGUGGCUGGACAACUCAUCGUACCUUCCAUGAUUUGCCUCUGUUCCUAUUGUAAUACUCGAUGGAUUUUGCAUAAUUGAUGUAAAUAUUCAAUCUCUUCAUGUAAGGCAUUACUUGCGAAAAAUGAUAUGUUUCGUAAAAUAAAAGUUGUAAAUUUUA